AUUUGGGUGUGAAGAUGUCAGCAGGGCUUCGCAUCGACUCUUCCGACUACAGAACCGAGCUUCUGUCUCCGACUCCGGCGGGAGAAACAGUGUAUAUAGAGCCACCGUGGCGACUCAACCUCGAAGAGUUUCGGCUGCCGGAACAGCGGACAGAUCCUCAACUGGGUUUUGCAGUUAUUCUAAAGACUCUAGGCAAGCAAGGCAAGGUUGCAAAGUAUUACAAGAGGCAGGAGAAUCUUGUCAAAGGAUUCAACGAAAUGGAAACCGUCACUGAGUUGGGUUUGCCUGGAAGUCUAACAGAGGAUCAGAGGGAGCAGCUUGCGAGGAGCGAGAGGAUGGCUGUUCUUGCAUCAAACGUAGCAAACAUUGUGCUUUUUAUAGCAAAAGUGUAUGCUUCUAUAGAGAGCAGAUCCUUGGCGGUGAUAGCAUCAACUUUGGAUUCUCUCAUGGAUCUGUUAUCUGGGUUUAUACUUUGGUUCACUGAUCAUGCCAUGAGAAAGCCAAACCAAUAUCGUUACCCAAUUGGCAAGAAACGGAUGCAACCAGUGGGCAUCAUUGUUUUCGCUUCAGUGAUGGCAACUCUGGGACUGCAGAUAUUGUUGGAGUCUGCUAGGGAACUGGUCGCCGAGUCCCAUCUGAAAUUGGACGCCGAGAAGGAAAAGUGGAUGAUUGGAAUAAUGGUUUCUGUGACGGUAGUAAAAUUUGUGUUGAUGGUGUAUUGUCGUCAGUUCCAGAACGAAAUAAUCAGAGCUUAUGCUCAAGAUCAUUUCUUCGAUGUGGUCACCAACGCAGUGGGUCUAGUAACAGCAGUUCUGGCCGUCCGUUACUACUGGUGGAUUGAUCCUACUGGAGCCAUUCUAAUAGCUUUAUACACAAUGAGCACAUGGUCGAGGACGAUUCUGGAGAAUGUGCGGUCAUUGAUCGGAAGAACAGCUCCGCCGGACUACUUAGCAAAGCUGACAUAUCUGAUAUGGAACCACCAUGAAGAGAUCAAGCACAUCGAUACAGUAAGGGCCUACACAUUUGGGUCUCACUACUUUGUAGAGGUAGACAUAGUCUUGUCUGGGGACAUGCUUCUGAGUCAGGCGCAUAACAUUGGAGAAACGCUCCAGGAGAAGCUGGAGCAACUCCCGGACGUAGAGAGAGCUUUUGUGCAUGUAGAUUUUGAGUUCACUCACAAGCCAGAGCAUAAAAUCAAGGUCUGAUACUCUGAUGAUGAUGAAGAAGAUGUUGAGAUUGUCUGGGCAGCUCUCAUGAUAUCUCAAAUGUCGAUUAAAAUAGCCAUUUUUUCAUGAAUUUGGGCUGCAACUGAAAAAAAACUAAUGGCCUUACAAAAGGAGGAAAAUCUUGCAUAAGAUGAGUUACAGCUUAUGAAGUAGUAUAUUUCAGGCUUUAAUUUCUUGCA